AUGGAAAACGAAAAUACGAACGCCGACACAAACAAUUCGUUAACCCCAAACAACUAUCCAGCCUUUGCGACCGUUAAUCGUGUUACUGUCAAAGUGCCGCCAUUUUGGAAGAGCGAUCCGGCAAUAUGGUUUGCACAGGUAGAGGCACAAUUCCAUUUAGGUGGAAUUACGAACGAUUUGACAAAAUAUAACCAUAUAGUAGGUGCAGUUGACACUGAAAUAUUAUCACAGGUGUCUGACAUCAUUCAAAAACCCCCGGAUACCGACAGAUAUAAUACUUUGAAAAAUCGACUCAUCGAAUUAUUUACCGAUAGUCAAGAAUCAAAAUUACGCAGACUUCUAGGAGACAUGCGUUUAGGCGAUAAGAGACCGUCAAUGCUGCUAAACGAAAUGCAAAGACUGGGAGGAAUGGCAUGUAGCACGCAACUACUUAAAACCUUAUGGUUACAACAACUACCGGUAACUACACAAUCUUGUCUAACAAUGAGUACUAACAAUGAGUACAAUGAGGACAAUUGA